AUGUCCCUCUCAGGCAAAGUCGCUAUUGUGACGGGUGGAGCAUCUGGCAUUGGUCUGGGGAUUGUCCAAGCCUUCCUCGCCGCCGACAUCAAGGGCAUAACAGUCGUGGACCGCCAGUCCGCCCUCGCGCUCGCCUCCGACGACAGGGUAUUGUCUAUCUGCGGCGACGUCUCUGUCGAAGGCACCGCCGAGGAAUACACGGCCGCAACAAUCGAGAAGUGGGGCCAAGUCGAUAUCGUCGUCCUCAACGCUGGGAUCGAAGGAAACUGGCACAUGCUGCACGAAACGCCUAUGGCAGAGUACGACCAAGUCAUGGCCGUCAACGCUCGCGGGGUCUUCAUCGGACUCAAACAUGGAUUGAAGGCGUUCCUCGCCUCCCCAAGUGGCGGGAGGGGAUGUUCGGCCAUUGUCAUCUCGUCCGUUGCGGGAUUACAAGGCGUGCCCCUCAUCAGUCCUUAUACUGCGUCCAAGUUUGCCGUGCGUGGAAUGGCGUGCAUCGCGUCUCAAGAAUAUGGCAAGUUUGGGAUCCGGGUAAACGCCAUCUGUCCCGGAUUUAUCGAGACGCCAUUCUCGAUGAAACAUCCCGAAUUGUUGGAUGCUAUGAAGGAAAAAGCUAGCCUCCAGCGACUGGGAAGUCCGAAACAUAUCGCCGACGCAGCCGUCUUCCUCGCUAGCGACGCGGGCGAGUUCUGUACCGGCUCGACGCUCAAGGUUGAUGGCGGGAUCACGAAUUGGUGCUAA